AUGUUUCGAUCAACGCGGUGCUUGAUUUUUGCGCUACAUCGCGCAAAACGUUCUUUGCACACUUGCGGCCAGCGGUCAUCGGAAAUCACCGAAUAUGAGUCUCCCAUUACCGACGAGUACAAGAAGGGUGUGGGGAUGGAAGGUAGAUCUCUUUAUUUGGAUGCUCAAGCCACUACUCCGCUGGAUCCCCGAGUUUUGGACAAGAUGAUGCCGUACUUUACGGUAUACCACGGUAACCCACAUUCCAGAACUCACAUGUAUGGCUGGGAGACAGAGGAAGCGGUUGAGCAUGCUCGCCAACAAGUUGCAGAUCUGAUAGGAGCUGAGCAAAAGGAAGUGGUAUUUACAUCAGGUGCAACGGAAUGCAACAAUAUAGCUGUAAAAGGUGUGGCUAGGUUCUACAAAUCUAGGAAGAAUCAUAUUGUGACGACCCAGACGGAACACAAAUGCGUAUUGGAUUCGUGUAGAGCCUUGGAAGCUGAAGGAUUCGAUGUAACAUACAUUUCUGUCCAGUCAAACGGUCUCAUCGAUCUCAAUGAAUUAGAAGAAGCUAUUAAACCAUCCACAUCAUUGGUUUCUGUGAUGAUGGUGAACAAUGAAAUUGGUGUCCAACAGCCUGUCAAAGAAAUCGGCGCCAUUUGCAGAAAGAAGAAAGUCUUCUUCCACACAGAUGCAGCGCAGGCUAUAGGCAAAGUACCAAUCGACGUUAAUUCCAUGAAUAUCGAUCUCAUGUCUAUCAGUGGUCACAAAGUGUACGGUCCGAAAGGAAUCGGAGCGCUGUACGUUAGGAGGAAACCACGUGUGCGUGUGGAGGCGUUGCAAAGUGGAGGAGGGCAAGAAAGGGGAAUGAGAAGCGGUACUGUGCCAGCGCCUCUAGCUGUGGGUCUCGGUGCCGCUUGUGAGCUGGCACAGACGGAGAUGGAUUACGACCACAGGCACGUCAGCACGCUAGCGAAUCGCCUGAUCGAAAAGAUAACGUCGAAUUUACCGCAAGUUAUACGCAACGGCGAUCCCGUGGCCUGGUACCCUGGCUGUGUAAAUCUGUCGUUCGCGUGCGUCGAGGGCGAAUCGUUGUUGAUGGCGCUGAAGGAAGUGGCAUUGAGCAGCGGUUCGGCAUGCACCAGCGCAAGCUUGGAACCCAGCUAUGUGUUAAGAGCAAUUGGCGCUUCGGAAGAUCUGGCUCAUUCCAGUAUCAGGUUUGGCAUUGGACGGUUCACGACACUCGAAGAAGUCGAUUACACCGCGGAGAACACGAUACGGCAAGUGAGACGACUACGGGACAUGAGCCCGUUGUGGGAGAUGGUGGAAAAUGGCAUCGACUUGAAGACUAUCAAAUGGACUCAACACUAGUGCCUCGUUACGAUGUAGCUGUUACAACCUUAAGUAUACAAUAUACCCGACCUGUCCUGUAGGAUCGCAGCUUGCCGUUUAUAUAUCUAUCAGUUCCACGGGAAUCCUUACCAUCCAUUCUUAGUGAAUGACCUUCCCUCAUAGGAAAGUCAUCUACGAUAAAUGCUUGAUACAAAAAGUUUCACAUGUUUUUUUUUUUUUUUCUUUACCAUUGAGUAACAAUAUGACUUUUGGAGAAA